AGGAGGAUGCGGAAAUGUGUGUGUCUCCGCAGUGAGAGUGACAGCGGGGGCUCUGGCCGCCCACUCUUGCCCAUCACCUCUCUAGCUGGAUUUAGGCAUGAGCAAAAUAACACCAUCCACUUAUGUGCGUAACCUUGGCCCUGGGCUGUUUAGGCAGCUGGCUGAUUUUCUUGAUCCCCAAGAAGGAUGGAAAACGAUAGCUAUGGAUAUACGGAAAGCUUCUGGUGAACCUCGAUACACACAAUUUCAUAUACGGCGCUUUGAAGGAAUUAUUCAAAAGGGAAAAAGUCCAACACAUGAAUUGCUAUAUGACUGGGGAACGACAAACUGCACUGUCCACGAUCUUACUGACCUGCUUAUGAGGAAUGGUUUCUUAGCUGCAGCUUCACUUUUCCCUCAUGAACAAAAGACAAGAUCUGUGUGUACAACAAUUCCAGUAGGAGAAUGUCAGACGGAGCAUGGUAACCCUGUUACUCAAAGCACAGAUCCAACAGAGAAUGAUGAAGAAACAGGGUUUGGCAUUUUCUCUUUUAAUGAACUGAGGAGAAUUACAAGGAACUUUGACGAACGACCCCUCUCUGAAGGAGGAAACAAGGUCGGAGAGGGAGGUUUUGGAGUUGUUUUCCAUGGUCAAAUAAAGGAUGAAAAAGUUGCAGUAAAAAAAUUGACAACUAUCGAUGACUCUAGUCUACAGGACCUUAAAGAUCAGUUUCAUCAAGAAAUACGAACCAUGGCUAAAUGUCAACAUGAAAACAUUGUACAACUGCUUGGCUUCUCAGAUGAUGGUGAUCAUUACUGCCUGGUCUACCCAUACAUGUCAAAUGGUUCUCUGCUGGACCGUUUGGCUUGUCUGAAUAACACUGCUCCAUUGUCCUGGCAUAUGAGAUGUAAUAUUGUAUUUGGAACAGCACAGGGUAUCAAAUAUUUGCAUGAAAACAAUCAUGUUCACAGAGACAUUAAGAGUGCAAAUAUCCUUCUGGAUGAUAAUUUUAUUCCAAAAAUUUCUGACUUUGGACUGACAAGGGCAACUGGCCAAUUAGCACGUACCAUGAUGACCGAAAGAAUUGUUGGCACUACAGCUUACAUGGCUCCAGAGGCCUUGCGAGGAGAAGUUACUAUAAAGUCUGAUAUAUUCAGCUUUGGGGUGAUAUUGUUGGAAAUAAUCUCUGGACUUCCACCAUUUGAUGAGGAACGGAAUCCACCAUUACUGCUUGAUAUCAAAGAAGAAAUUGAGGAGGAAGAAAAAACCCUUGAAGAUUAUGUGGAUAAAAAGAUGGAAGAGGUAGAAGUUCAUCUAACAGAGAAAAUGUACUCCAUUUCUAGUCAGUGCUUGAACCAAAUGAAAAACAAGAGACCUGACAUUAAUACAGUGCUGCAUGAUCUUGAGACAAUAACCUGCGCCCUUUCUGUUUCCAGAUCGAUGCAGUGAAUUCAAUAUGUCUGUGUAAAUAUUAUAUAUUUUAUAUUUUCACAAAUGGGAAGGUUUAAACCCAAAUGAACAGAAGCCACUGGUGCCAGAACUUCAAAAGAGAUUUGGGCAGUGUUCAGUGUUGUGUGGCAUGGUAGAUGAUGGGGAGUAUCGAGCAGAAAUAUCACUGAUUGCAAAACAAGCAUCUCCAUGAAAACUUACAGGCAUCAUUAACUACUGUAUUGCACAGCCCAAUUUGCUGUUAUGUUGUACAGUUUUUAUUACACAGAGCUGAUGUUUAAGGUUUCAGUCCGUGAUAUGAAAAAGAAUACAGAAAAGUUAAUGGUGGUUAUAGGAAAGCCGAAGAGCACAUAAAUGGCAUUCAUAAACUGUUUUUACAUGUCCAACAGAUAUCAAUAAACAUAUCCAAACAUAAA